CAGACAUGAAGAGUACUACGCUGGAAUCUCCAUCACGUUAAUUGUCGACGAAACAUCCAAUGUUUUUGCCGAGUUCGCAGCAGGAAGGAGCUCCGAGUUCGCCAAUGUCUGCUGCGGUGUCUACACCAGAGAUACGACAGUUAAGAGCGUCACGGGAGGAAGAAGCUCCGAGUUUGCUGGAGGUACACAAACAUCCGUCCAGCACUCCAAUGUCGCCUACGGCAUCUACACCAGAGCGGGUGCACGUGUAUUCUUGGAAACUACAUAUGAUUCAGGAAUACUUAAGCGAGAUGGUGAAAUUCCUAUAAGCCUUGAGAGUCAUCACCACAUCGUUGAAAAGGUGCUUAAGUAUCUACAGCAUGACAUGCUUCAGGGGCUUGAGGCGCAUCUAAAGAUUGCUUCUAAGAUGAAUGGGUUUAACCUAGGUACUUGGCCAGAUAUUGAUGUAACUAGAUGGACUAUAAAAGAGUAUAUUCAAGAUCGAAUUCAAUCUGAUGGAUCAUCUUGCGGCUUGUUCAUGCUACAAUUCAUUGAAUACUGGACAGGACACAAACUGUCACAUCCUGUUACACAGGAAGAUGUCAAACCCUUCAGGCAAAAAGUAGCAAUCAUUCUCCAUGAAUCAGAUCUGAACGAUAUAAAAGGAACUCCUGAGUACCAUAAUCCAGCAGACGAUAUAAUAGAUACUGACGGUGUUGAAAUAUUGGACCCGCCACCUGCCAUGGUUGUUCUGAGAAUGCCACUUAAUAAAAAUGAGCUACUUUGCAAACUUCGAGGUCAUAUCAUGUCCAUUCAUAAUGCAGAUUCCCGAGAGAAAGAAUGGAUGCGUAGCUCCAAGCCCUACCCACUAAGUAUAAGUCUUAGACAACUACAAGACUUACUAAAGAAUACACGGGCUAUUGAUGUCGACAGUUUUAACAUGGUUGUUCGAGUAAAUGCUACAGACGACAUUCAAUGGGCUAAAGACACUCCAUAUCACUAUAUGGAUCUCAGAUUUUCUAUGAUACUAAAUGACUCUACACAAGAUCCAAAACUCCGUUUACCAUUUGAUGCCCAACGCUACAUUAUUGCAAAACUAUUUCAUUGUUGGCCUGAUAUGUGCUUUGACGUCUCGGUGUGCAAAUUUUGUUGCCGUUUUGUACAACCGGUCGCUUCAUCCUCUUCCUGUUCGACCUAUUGGAUAGAACAAUCACUAUACUCGACCCUCUUCCCCUAUCGGAUGCAUGGAAAAAAGAAUCCUUCACAGAAGAACAUAUUUAAGAUUCAAUGUAUUUCAUUCCAUCUAAACAUAGCAUUAGCAAUUCCUGUCUGGAAUGAUGAUGUUUUUAGAUGGCGUCGCAUCAUACCAAUUGGAGUUCCAAAAAACCCAAACAGCAAUAUGUCUGGGUUUUUAGUUUUAAAGAUUAUGCGCACGUGGCAUGAUCAUGAACAUGGAUUACCUGUUGUCCCGGACAAUUAUGACCUACGGAAUCAGGUGUUGGUACACUUGCUGUCGUACAAGGACAAUGAAUGCGUAGAAAAUAUUCCACAAGUCGUGCGUGAUUUGGUGAAGAGAAUUGGGAUAAACUUUUUUUAGUCGGAGAAUCAUAUGUGUUAUUUUAUUACAACAGCGACGAUCAAUUAAGGCGCUUGAGGAUAUUGGUUAUUAUAAGGUUUCAGUAAGAUGCAUUGCUGGAGCAAAAUGUAAGUUUAAUUACCAAAAGCAUACCGUGUGAUGUUGCAAGUUACUGAAAUCCUAGACAAAUCUUGAGAAACCAAGAAUGACAUUACCACCUGUUCCUCCAUCGACACCUGCAAUAUUUUGGUAAUUAUAACGAAAUUCUGGGUG